CAGCGCUUGUUUGUAUACUUGUUUGUUUGUUCGUUUGUUCGUAUGCAUGUACGAGAACCUGAAUUGGUUUUACGCCCUGGCUGCGAGUUUGCAGAUUCAUAAGUCUUCCACCAAGAAAAGCUCAAAAGGAUCUUGCUGGAACUGUUGAAUUCCUUGUCGGAGGUAGUCAGAAGGGCUCCAGUAAUGGCGUUAAUGUCGUGUGGUUUGUGGAUGAGAGUGGGUGACCCCCUGUUGGAUCAUUGGUCCCAUUGUUGGAGCUUGAAUUAGUUUCGGGAGCUGAUAGAAGUUGCGAGUGUGCCACUUUCUGCACAAAGUUGAAUGUGUUGCAGAGCUGACAAGGCAGUUGGUGCGGGAUCUAGACUGAUUCGUAAAAUUCGUGAUAAAUUGGGUUUAGGAGCCCCACUGAGAUCUUGCGAAGGGAAUUACUCGGCUCGGGGAGUUAGAGUGAGGCGCGGGCACCGGGUACUUAAAGGCGUUUAAGAGCUAGGUGUAAGCUUUAUCACCGCAUUAUCGUUGACAGAAGUAGCAGGGUUCGCUUUCUGAGCAGGGCAGGGACUUUGCAGUGCAUAUCACGGCACUUCAGAAAAAGAGUGUCGCCAGUUUGUUGAAUAAGUUUCAGUGGAGUGCGUCGGUGUCGUAUUUUUGGGUUUGAUCCAAUCUGAGCUCAAAGCCACCUGCACCGACUACAACCGCUCACUGUCCAUCAAUCUAUUUCGAGCUGCACAGCUACAGCACUGCUCCUGCCUCGGGUUUUGUGAUAACUUUGAAAGGGUUGCCUUGAUUCAGCCAUCUAGAGAGAACUGAAGAUUCAAGGGUUCUGAUUCUAAUGAAGAUGCACUCAGAUUGCCUAAUCUUCACGUGAACUUUGAAUCAAGCGUCUCUGGAGUUUGAUUCCGGAUCUGGGCUUUCACAACCUGUAAGUUGUAACAAGGGUCUUUUUACAUGCACAAUAGUUUCAGAUCCUCCUCCGAUGACUAUCUGCUGAUAGAGUACAAGCGGAUCGGCUCGCAAAAUUGGAUACAUUGGAAGGUACUCUUCACUCCACUGAAGGCGAACACAAGUUAAUCGCGUCUUCAGAAUGGAUACCACUCAACAGGGAUUGCCGACUCUGAACUAUCUUCUGCAGCACACUCUUCGUAGGCUAUGCACAGAAUCGCAGUGGGUUUAUGCUGUCUUCUGGCGCAUUUUGCCGCGCAAUUACCCACCCCCACAAUUGGAUACCGAAGGCGGCAUGAUAGACAGAUCUAAAGGCAACAAGCGGAACUGGAUUUUGGUGUGGGAAGACGGCUUUUGCAACUUCUCUGCAUGCGCUGCAGGCAUCGGCAUGGAUAAUGGAGCAUUCUCCUCUUUCCCUCAAUCUGCCCAAGAGCCAGGGCGAGGAAGCGACGAAGAUUGUGAAGCCAUGAAUCCUGAGCUGUUCUUCAAAAUGUCUCACGAAGUCUACAACUAUGGAGAAGGCUUAAUGGGAAAAGUAGCUGCUGACAACAGUCACAAGUGGGUGUACCGAGAACCGGUGGAGCACGAAAUUAGCUUCUUCUCCCCGUGGCAUGGCUCCCUUGAUCCACACCCACGCACAUGGGAAGCGCAGUUCAAGUCUGGAAUCCAAACCAUCGCAGUGGUGGCAGUGCAGGAAGGCGUUCUUCAAUUGGGAUCCACCAAGAAGAUAAUGGAGGACUUGAACUUCGUACUCCAAAUGCAAAGAAGGUUUAACUACCUUCAAUCCAUCCCCGGGGUGUUCGUCCCCCACCCAAUGUCGUUCGCAGGCAAGAAGAGAUCGAAUGGCGAUGGCUCUCCGCCCUCCGACCGUGGCCACUGGAUUGCAGUUCCAGACUGUGACAAACUCGCGUCGAACCCCCACAUGUCAGCGUGCUCGAUCAACCAGUUCUUGUCGCCACGGAUCGGCCAACAGCUAUGGCGCUCCUCCAGCGACACCAUUUUCCUCGGGGUGAAGCGGCCCUCUGAUACGGAGCCACUGUCGUUUAACUUCAACGAAUACCCCUACGUGAAUAAUGGUGAGAGCUUCCUACACCGGCCCGAAUGCCCUUCGCCUCCGAAAUCCUUGAAUACUGGGCUUGCAAGUCCACAGAGUGGGGGUAGUCCUACGCUCUCAAAUCUGCUCCCGUCCAUGUCAAGCCUGCAAGCGCUCUUGUCGAAGCUGCCGAGCGUGACGCGAACGGAAAGAGAUAGCAAUAGCUGCAUUGGUGGCGCCGUGCCAACACCCAGCGGCUUCGAUGGCACAGCUGGAUCAAGCUGCCGGCCUCCUGUCAGCCGCGUGGUUGUAAAUAAAAUAGCUGAUGAGAGGGCCGCUUCUUUGAAACCAGCUGCCGCAGGUGACAACGAGAGCGCGCACAGAGAUGCUCAUAUGCACCUGAAAUCGACGUCGAAGACCGAGAAUGAGCCACUACACGACCAGAAACACGGUGUUACUCGGGCUGCAACGUCGAUUAGCUCUCUAAGCUCAAGAAACUCCGAGGUCGUCUCGAUUGAGCAGGCAUCCGACGAUACCGAGGGGCAUCAGAAUGGAACUUCCCAUUGCAAGCCGGACUGCCAUAAGUCUUUUUGCAGUUCGACGUUCCUGGACACGUUUGACAACCUCGCCGACUUCAGCACGCUGCACGAUUCCCUGAUCGAGGCCGGCGAUUCUUACAACUCAUUUUUGAGCGAAAUAUACCGCUGAUGGUUUGUGUGGUCGAUCGAAUAACGUUUUGCUAUUUAAUGGCAGGACCUGUACAAUUCUAUAACAGACAGAUUCAUUCAUGUGAUAAAAUUGGUUUCAACGAUCAGGCCGAUCUCGAUAUCACGCCCGGCAACUUGCUCAAGAUUUAGCUGUCGUCCGUGUGCUUUGGAUCCCUUUACUUACGUCAAGCAAGGAAGUAAACCGUAAUUCCGUCUCGAGUCCUUAGGUUUACAUUGAUUCGGAGCGUGCUUGCAGUCCCCGUAGAGAUAGGCUUCACGGAGAGUGCUCUCCAUCCGCGGUGUAACUCAAUUGAUGAGAUUUUAGAUUAGAUGGUGGGAAUUAAUUCAUUGUACAGAUUUAGAUAUUAGUGGAACACCAUUGACUGUCCGUGCUCAUAGAUUCAUUUAAUGUUUAAUGUGUGGUGUGCUUACCAAUCUACACUGGUAGGGAAACAGUGGAAUUGUGCCGAAGGCUUACAAAGCACUUCUUUAUGACCUCGUCUGAACGUUCAGCUGCUUGCGCUCA